AUGGCUGCACAAGGCAUUGGGGAGAAGUUGGCGUCUUCUGUUCCUCAAGCACUCGGCGCUCGAGAAUUUAUGAUUGAACGCUUGAUUCUCAGAGAUAAUACACGCGAAUUAUUACGUGAAAAUGGUCGGGAAGAUGAAUUCGAAAGUGAUUUACUUGAUUUAACUGAAUGCACGUGUGGCAUGGAUACGUAUGAUCCUGCGAAGUGCAAAUGUCGAGCUCGCGAAGGAAUCAUGCUUCUUGCACAAUUCUAUUAUGAUACGGAACAGUACCACAAAGCGUGGAAAUGGUAUUCAAAAAUUAAGGAUGUCGAUCUACGUGCCAUGUAUCAACUGGCUACAAUGGGUUUUGAUGAACAAGGACCGCCUGGAUUCACCCCGGAUGAUGCGUAUCAAAUGAUGGUCGAAAUCGCAGCAAAAGGCAAAGAUCCUAACUGCUUUGUUGUACCAUAUGCUGAAUUUCACAUUGGCAAAGCUUUCUUUCAAGGCUUCGGUGUUGCACAUUCCGAAGAUAAAGCUGAACAUUGGUGGCUAUUAGCAGCCAAUGGCGAUGGACAUGAUCCAGUUGUAGAAGCUCAAACCGCUCUCGCGUUUUACUAUUCACGCAAAAGUUCAUUUGUGUAUGAUUUAAAGAAAGCUUGGUAUUGGCAUAAUCAAGCAGCACAGCGUGGUUCGCUUGAAAGUCUUGGUGCUGUAGGUGCGAUGAGUUUAUUUGGUGUUGGUACAACGAAAAAUAUUAAUCAAGCUAUUGAUUAUCUCCGUCAAGCAUCAGAACGAGGCAAUAUCUAUGCUAUGGGACUACUUGUUUAUGCAUAUUACAAUCGAAAACUAUAUACAAAAGCAACUGAUUUAGCGAAACGAGUAGCUGCGUUGGAUAAUAUUGAUGAGUUAUCUCGAGUAUCUUGUUGCUUACCACAAUAUAUUCGAAAAGGUAUUGCUAUCGCCAUAUUUAUUCUCGGCAGAUGCCUCGAACUUGGAUUUGGAGUAAAAAAAGAUACAGAACAAUCUGCGUUAAUGUAUAAAAAAUGCUUCCAAUACGAUCCAGAUGCUUGUCAACUAUUACAAGAUUAUUUAACACACGAAAAGAUUUGA